ACUUUUUUAUUAAAACUCUACAUCAUCAUUCUGAACACAUAAUUAUUCAAAACCAGCACUGGAUGGUGCACGUUCUUGCGCGGUUUGAGGGCAGCCCGUGAUAGCACUAAUCCAAAUGGAACCGAAACCCGGCGAGCCAUCCGUGAUGAGAGCGGCAAGCAGGGGAGAGAUUGAAAAUGCGGAUGUCUCCUUGGAAAGAGAAAUGAGCGGAUCGAGAGAGCUGCGCGCUGAGUGGAAGGAGAGCGAGAGAGAUGGAGGCGGGGGGAAGUCUCUUAGCUCUGCGGGGACUGGAGCGCCCGUGCCCUGGACCGGCGGCGCAGUGCUGGCUAACAUUCAACCCUCCCCUUGUUCCACAACCAGUUCCACACACAGGCAGCGACAGGUAAGGUCUAACCAGCGCCACACGCCAACCACCGUUUGGUAAAGAAACUUGAGGGGAAAAAAUAAAUAUAAACAUCGCGACGACUUUAAAUAUGUUCGUUUAGAUUUUGCGGAUCUUUUCAAAAAGCAAGCAAGACGCGUUUAAAUUCGCGUUGACUUGGGGUACAUUCCGAGGUCGCCGUACCCGCAUUUCGCGUCCUGUGACUCGGGAGGAAAACAUCCACUGAAUAUCUUCCACAAUCUGGUGAGGCGUUCCGUUUCUACGCCUGAAUCUAACUACAGUGCCCGCUAGCAUAAUUAAACGCAACUAGGGCAACUGCGCGUCUUUAUUUCCGAGUCAGGACUCAGUGAGGCUCGUGGAGGGAAGAAUCAGCCACCAGUUCGCCAUCACGGAGCUCGCUUAUAAGUCUUACCGUGCGGUCUUGUUUUCGCUCGCGCCUCCGUGAAAGCAAAUUUCGUGAUAGCAGCUGCCGGCUUAUCGGUUAUAGCUGUGCAUGAGGAGCAAACCGGAGUAAUUCCAAACAAUGAAUGGAGAAAUGGAGUCCACCGCUGCAGACCCUGUUUGGGAGCAGGAUGAUCUGUUGAAGCUGUUGGAUUGCAUGAAUGGGAACCUGCCUGAAAAGGAUCAAGCCAAGUACAAGACGUCCGAGUCCCAUCUGGACUGGGAAAAAGUGGCUUUUAACACAUUCUCUGGAGAGAUGUGCAAACAGAAAUGGCAGGAAGUUUCACGCGAGAUACGCAAAUUCCGCACGCUCACUGAGCUGAUUGUGGAUGCCCAGGACUACAUAAAAAAUCCCUACAAAGGAAAGAAACUGAAGAAACACCCGGACUUUCCCAAAAAGCCAUUGACGCCAUAUUUCCGUUUCUUUAUGGAAAAACGAGCCAAGUAUGCUAAACUACAUCCAGAGAUGAGCAACCUUGAUCUCACAAAAAUCCUUUCCAAAAAAUACAGGGAGUUGCCAGAACAUAAAAAAGAAAAAUAUGUGAAUGAUUUUCUCAGAGAAAAAGAGUCUUUCACGCUCAACAUGUUGAAGUUCAAGAAGGACCAUCCAGACCUUGUAGAGAAUGGUAACAAGAAGUCCAAUGUUCCAGAGAAGCCCAAGACACCCCAGCAGCUGUGGUAUUCCCAUGAGAAAAAGGCCUAUCUCAAAGCGCACCCAGAUGGGACCACCAAAGACAUCAAGGAUAGUAUUGGGAAGCAGUGGCCACAGCUCACGGACAAGAAGAGGAUGAAAUGGAUCAUGAAGUCACUUGAACAGAAAAAAGAGUAUGAGGAGAAGAUGCGUGAGCUCAUUCAACAGCACCCAGAGAUGAACAUCACAGAGGAGGACAUUGUCAAAUCUACUCUGACUAAAGCAGAGAGACACCUAAAGGAUAAGUUUGACGGGCGGCCAGACAAACCACCAUCUAAUGGUUACUCCAUGUUCUGUGCUGAACUGAUGUCCAGUAUGAAAGACGUUCCCAGUACAGAGCGUAUGGUCCUGUGUAGCCAGCGCUGGAAAGUCCUCAAACGGAGCGAGAAGGAUGCGUACCAAAAACGCUGUGAACUGAAAAAGAAAGAAUAUGAGGUUGAGAUGAAUCGCUUCUUAUUAAGUAUCUCAGAGGAGGAACAGCAGAGAAUACUGGCAGAACAGAAGAUGAGCAGCUUUAAAAAGGCAGGUGGCGGCACUCCUUCCUCCAAAAAGAAGAGCUCCAAAGCAAAGUCUGCAGAGAAACCCAAGCUUCCUGUUUCUGCAAUGUUCAUUUUCUCAGAGGAGAAGCGCCCUAAACUUCAACAGGAAAGACCCGAUCUGUCUGAAAUGGAGCUCACCAGACUACUGGCCCGUAUGUGGAAUGAGCUUUCUGACAAGAAGAAGGAGAAAUAUAAAAAUCUGGAAAUGACACUGAAGGCAGAUUCAAAGAGGCAGAGUGAGGAGAAAGGAAAGCGACCAGAAACGCCCAAAACAGCUCAGGAAAUCUGGCAACAGAGCGUCAUUGGAGACUAUCUCGCCCGAUUUAAGAACGAUCGGAUAAAAGCUCAGAAGACCAUGGAGGCCACCUGGAACACCAUGGAGAAGAAAGAGAAGAUUGUGUGGAUCAAAAAGGCUGCAGAGGACCAGAAAAGAUACGAGAGAGAGCUGAGUGAGAUGCGAUCACCUCCUCUAGUCUUUACCCCAGGGAAGAAAAUGAAAUUUGAUGGGGAACCUAAGAAACCACCCUCCAACGGUUAUCAAAAGUUCUCUCAGGAAAUGCUGUCAAACGGCGAGCUGAACCAUCUGCCCAUGAAGGAGCGGAUGGGUGAAAUCGGAGGCCGCUGGCAGCGACUUACUCAGAAAGAGAAGGAUCGUUACAAAAAGAUGGCAGAGGAAAAACAGAGGCAGUACAAAGUGCUAAUGGAGCAAUGGCUUGCGAGUUUAUCAGCACAAGAGAAAGCUGUGUAUAAUGAAUAUAAUUCUCUGAAACGGAGGAGUACAGCAAAACCAGGUGGCACCAAUGCUAAAGUGAAAGCCAAGGCCAAAAGAUCGGAGGAUGAAGAGGAGGAUGAAGAGGAGGAAGAGAAAGAUUCCGAAGAUGAAUCUUCCUCUGGUGAAGACAGUGACGAUGAUGAUGAAGAUGAUGACGAUGAUAAUGAGGAAGACAUAGACGAUGAAGAGGUGGAGGAUAAGGAGAAUAAAUCUGAUAGCAGCAGCAACGCCUCUAGCUCUGACGACUCAUCAUGUUCCGACUCGGACUGAGCCAGUGUCGUGUCAGGCCGAGCCCACAGACUGCCAGAAAUGCUGUGAACUGAGCCAUGAGCAGAGGGGUUUAAGCGCUCUGCCCACCACCAGAGGGAGCUCACCCCACUGUAACAUAUCUACGCCCACACAGUCACCCCUGUUACUCUCUCACACAGUCUUUUCUUCUGCAUCUGUAUUCCCCUGCACAUUCAGGUUUAUUCGUUCCUCAGUCUAUAAAUACGCUUGGCAGGUUUUAUGGUGUUUUAGGCAAACAAAAUCCAUACUUGGGGAUGCACACUCUAAAUUCCUCCUGACACAAUGCUGAUCACCGAAAAGGGCUUGGUGCUCUGCUGUUGGCUUGUAGUCAUAAUGGGGCAUCAUUAGGAUGCACCAAUUGUCUAAUUUAAAGGUAGGGUUAUAGAGGAGAUCGAGAGCACCAGGUACCAUUUUCUUUUUCGUAAAUGAGCCAAAGAAUCUACGUUUUGCAGAUUUGUUUCGGGAGGUACAGAGGACCAAAUAAUUGCACUCUGAAGAAUGUCUGUUUUCUUGCUCUCCAUCUGUACCUUCUAUUAGCGUCGUUUCUCUCCAGUCACUCAUUUAAAUUGCUCCCUCCAUUUUUACUUUUGUGUUUGUUUUAGCUUCUUCGGUUCAAAAAAUGUGGUGUUUUCAGGAACAAUGAAGCCAUUUUGAAUGUUGCUCCAUGGACCCUGCUGGUCGCGCACUCACUACUUUUUCGCAAAGCUUUAUGCGCCACCCUUCCCUGCGCCUUAUGAGGGUCAGGAGGUUAAAGGUGAAAAUGGACUAUUUAUUUUUGUCCUGUUAUAAGAACUCUUCCCAUUGCUGUUUUGUGCUUGUGACGAAGCCAAGGAACCAGCAGAAUUUGAGUUAGCAGCUCAGAGAAUUAAAAACAACCAAUGUUGUACAGUAUAAUAAGAAUUAGUUCAUCAGUUAAUUGCUCGCAAAGAUCUCGCGGAAAAGCGUGUAUUUGUUUUACGCAGAUUGUGCACCAAAACAUUUCUCAUUUGUUAAUAAUGGUUACAUGUUGUUUAAAGCUGACUCCCCCCUUUCUAACCACUGUUUUAUUUGGAGCUCCAAAGAGCUGUUUUCCUUUUAAAAACUUGAUUAAGAUGUUUUAAAUAUGAUAGAUGUGAGUUACCCCACAAUUCAGUGCACUUAUGAUGAAAUGGCAAGCUCACAAACCCAGUUUUCCUCUCUUCAUUUCAGCCAUCACUCUAAAAUGUCAACCACUUUAAAGGUUUUUUCACACACCAGCUCAAGGAAUGUAAUGGAGAUGUUUUAUUUAAGAGUGGGGUACUGUUAUUUGUUGUGUGUUUAUGUAUUUAAAUGGUUUUGAGGGUAACUGGUAUAUUCUCUGAUUCCAUUGCCCUGCUAAAGAAAUGAUUCUUCUAACUACAUUAAGAGGGUAACACACAACCCAGCUUCUGACACGAGUUACAACCUCUUCAGUAUUUGUACAUAACCAUACUUGAUAUGGACACAGUAAAUGAAGUUUUACUAUCAAGAAAAUGGGCCUUUUAUAAUUUGCAAAUAAACAAAAUGAUGACAAGCAAAUGUAAUUUUUUUUAUUUUUGGGGACUGCAUUAAGUCAUCUUUUGACAACUGGAAGUGAAUCUGGAUGCUAUAUUUUCUGUACUAGGCAUUUAAGAACAUGAACAACUAGUUUAUUGAGGAUUUGAGUGAUGGGCCAGGAUAAGAGAUUCCAGUGGACCUCUGAAGAUUUUGUUUAUUUUUUUUAGGACUUUGAGAUUUACAAACAGACUUGGUUUGGGUUUAGUGCUAUUGUAUAGUAUUUGUAAAUAUUGCUUUAUUCUUUAUUUUUUCCUUUUGUCUUUGUAUUGAGUGAACAUUUUUGCAUUUGUAAUUUCAGUUGGCUAAGCAAUCUGCUGCUGUAGCCAAAAAAAAAAAAAAAAAAAGAUAGAGAGUUUGUCUGUUGGGGAAAUGUUUUUAAUUUGGUAAGUUUUAGUUUUUACCCCUUCCCUUGUUUGUUUGUUUGUUUAUUUCUAGAAAUGGAGAAAAAAAAAGCAAGCUUAAAUUUGUAAUACACAUUUGGAUGUUUUCUAUAGCAAGAGAUGUAUAUCCGUGCAGUUUACAUUUUGAGCAAAUAAACCUCCUUAAACGGUU